CGUGCUUUUAUUUUGAAGUUACCAACCCGGAAGCAGAUCCCGCUUCUUCCUUUUUCCUCUGCGGUGUACUUGGAGAGAUUUCAAUAUGGCUCAGAAAGUUCAGAAUCUCGUCGCUAAAGUGCCCACACUUGUCGCUGCCGCUGUCACCUACUCCAAACCCCGGCUAGCGACCUUCUGGUACUACGCCCGAGUGGAGCUGGUCCCUCCGUCCCCUGCUGAGGUCCCCAAAGCCAUAGAGGCCGCCAAAGGUCUGGUCAAGAGCUACCAGAUGGGACGGCUGGGACAGACCACAGUCAAGGAUGCCUUGAGGAACGGACUUGUGACCACCGAGGUGUUGAUGUGGUUCUUCAUCGGCGAGUGCAUUGGGAAAGGAAGCCUGAUUGGAUACGAUGUCUAAUUAAUGAAUUUCCUCUCUUCACGCUUCUGAUUGUGACAUUCUCAAGAAAAUUCCCUUUGCUUUUCGAAUAAAACUAUAGAAUCAGCCUCGGA